AUGCGACAUGCACGAGGGCAAAGAUCACGAACAUUGAAAACUUGCGCAUAUUUACGCAUACCUCGAUCUGAACGCUCCUCAUUUCAAGCAGAAAUCGCAGAGAUCCUGAGUAAUGUAAAUUCAGGAACAGAACCUCUAAUUUCCGGUUUGAAAUCAAUCAGAAGCCAAGUGGAAGUCUUUAAUUCAGAUGAAUUCAUAAUUAAAUGGUUUUCUUUUCUUCAGUUAAUAAUUUCAAUUCCAAAUUUUGGAAUACGAGAUACAAUUCUGCAAGUUCUCGACUUAUCACGCAAACUCCGAUUAUAUGCAGCAAAAUUUACCUCCGUAAUUCCAUUUCUACCUCGAAUUAAAUCAGCUUCAAGCCAUUGCUCUCAAAUAAUUCAAGUUCUGAACUAUUUUAACUACAAGUCUCCAUUAGGCAUUGAUGAAAUCAAUUCUGUUCUUUCUUUAAUCGAUGACUUGAAAAGGUCGAAUCAAGAUAUUGACGUUGGACCUCAUCAUACGCGAGCAUUCAUUAAUAUCGAAGCAGAGCGCGCAUUAUUAGAGAAGCUUAGUGAGGAUAUGAAGGCAAUUAAAUCAACAUUAGUCCUCAUUAUUUCAAUAAACAAAAUUACAAACAUUAUUAACCGAUAUACUAUCGAGAAACUUGCUUUAUUCAACGAGAAGAUUAAUCUGAACUUCACUCCGAAAAUAUUACCCUUCAACAAAACGUUUGACGGAAGAAUUAAAAUUACAACUCAAGAAAGUUUUUUCUUUAUCAACAUUCUCGAUGAAUUAUCGCAACUAGGCAUCGACAUAUCUACAGAUAAUGGCAUAGACCUCAAACAUGACCAUCUUUUCAUUCCAAAUUUUUUAGAAAAAUUCAAAACGAUAGAAAGUCUUUAUACGAAGCAUCCAGAGCUAUUUUCACCAAGUUUCAUGACCAAGAUCCAAGAAAUACUCGUUUCUCCACCUCUAGAAAGCGAAGUUUUGGAAUUAUUAUCUGAAUCUCUUUCUGUCAAAUAUUCCAUGGACUUCACCGGCCAAACGAACACAGAAAUUUCCGAAAUCGCCAACUCCCUCAAGACUUUACACCUUUGUUUGUUGUUUUUCAACGGUUUGGACAUUAUCAACGCAAUUCCAUACGGAAACUCAGUUCGGAUGCUUUACAUGCGCACUAUGACCAAUAUAGUUCUUGGAGAAGACGCAUUCAACAUCUCUUUGACUGAAAUUCCUCAAAUUGAGUUGAUGAAUUCAAUAAACACAAGGGUUAAGGAUUCGAACUCAUUCAUUGGCUUGAACAUCAAGAGGUGGGUGUUCAAACUCAUCAGAAGCCAUUUCAUUCCUUUAAUUGAAUUUUUAAUUCAAAAUCCAGAUUUUUCUUUCAUCCUCAACUUUUUGGUACAAGCGGAGUAUUCCUCAGUCAGUGCAACAGACAUUGAUGGAAUUGUGUCCAAAAUUGAGGAUUUCGGAGAAGUUCCUGAAGAAAUUUCGAAAUUUUUAGAAGAUCUCAAACAAAUUUCAGUUAAAUUCAGAACUUCUUCGGACAUGCCAACAGCAUCUGACAUGAUCAUCUCUUUCACAAACAUUUUCACUGAAACUGAAGUAGAAUUAGCUGCUCCUGACAUUAAACUCGAGUUUUGCGAGAUUUUGGCUGAUACUAUUGAUGCUUGUCUCAAGAAUAAUUCAUUGAUUAUCCAACAUGGCACGGAUUAUUCAUUUUUGAGGCAACAAUUCAAUGAAAAUUUCAUUUCCAACUUUAUUGAGCUCAACAAGUCAAUAUUUGUCAACCAUUCAUUCCUAUCUCACAAAGCCGCUUCGGUUAUGGAUUAUUUGUCCAAAGACAAGUCAGAUAAAAAACACGAAUUUUUAUAUCUCAUUGAUUGGAUGUCCAGAGGCUCUUUAGACAGAAAUAACAUUAUCCUGUUGAUUCAGAAAUUCCUACAAUGCAACUGCUUCAACGUAAUCCAAGAAUAUGCCGUAAUAAUAACUAAAUUAUGGAGAUUCUUCAUUUUAAGAGACGAAAUCGCUAAAUCUUUGUAUUCAGCCGGAUACAACGAAGCAUCUACUAUCAUCUACCCAUCACUUAAGCUCUUCAAUAUGAAGAAUUUCUAUACAACAAUGGCAAACAUCGCAUUCUAUUUCAACGUCACUUUUUCAUCCGAAAAAAGUGACAACCCAUCAAAAAUCAUGGAGCUUAAAAAGCUUGCAAACAACAUUCCAGACAUAAUGGAGCCAGAUUCAACCAUUAUUUUCGAGAUUGACAAAGUUUUCGAAGAAGUUUAUGAUUUAAUUCGAAAUCUGAACGUCGAAAACAUGAUUCCCAAGGCCAAGGGAAUCUUUGAGAUCUUGAUAAGGACUAAGAGCUUCGUUGCGACGAAUAAUUUGGAGAGAGAUUUCACAGAACUCUGCAAAGCAGAGAACUACAACACUACUCUGUUCAAGCACAUGACAAAGGAUGUCAAACAGAUGCUAAAUACCGUUGGAGUUAAGAAAGAAAACGAUCAAAAUAUCGAAUUUGUUCUUACAAUGAUCAAUUCCGUUGCUUUCUACUAUCAGACCAUCAACGAUAUUUUGUUGUUCAAGAAUUCAGUACUUUCGCUGCAGAAUUCCGUUCAACUUUCGAACCAAAACUAUUUCUUUAUGAAUCACGACGAUAAAUCCGAGAAAUUCCCAUCGAACGAGACUUUCUUCCUUCCUCUGCAGUUCCUGUUCUCAAAAGGAAACCCAGGAUUCACAGAUUUCACAAGUUCUUUGCUAAACGAAAUUUCUUCGGAAAUAAAAAGUGACAAAAUUGAGGAAGAAGCAGAUCGAAUCAUUGAAUUGACGGAGAGCGAGGAGCUACAGCCAGAGUACAGGGAAAUAUCAUCUUUCAUCAAAGAAAACGUGAAAGAAAAUGAUACAAUUUUUAAUUUGCUCCAAAAACUCACCGAAAUCAAAUCCAACAUUGACAUCGAGAAGGAGAAGAACAGUGAUCUCAAUGCCAAGCGCCAGACAGUCACAAACGAGAAGAAAGAGGAAAUCUCCAAAAUCCAAAGAGAUUUCUUCACUCAAUACGACAGCCACAACAGCGAAAUGAUUGAGACAAACCUGGAACUAGAGAGACUUGAGGAUGAGAAGAAGCUGCUCAUUCAAAACACCGAAAUGAAGGAGAAAGAGAAAUCAGACUUGAUUUAUCACAAAGAGUGUUUGAUCAGCAGCGUUGAGGGAUUUAAGACAAAACUGAUGCCUCUGGCUUCUCAAGGGAAUGAUGAUGAGACAUACAAGUUCAGUGCGUACUUAGUUCCUGGUGCUAGCAUCUCUUAUUCUCAGUUCAAAUGA